CAGACCUGCGGCGCUGGUGUGCGGAGCUGCGGCCAUGGCCACGGUGCGGGAGAAGGCGGCGGCGCUCAACCUGUCGCCUCUGCACAGCCCCGCUCAGAGGCGGCCUCCAGGUUUCAGUGUGGCCCAGAAGCCAUUUGGGGCUACGUAUGUGUGGAGCAGCAUUAUAAACACUCUUCACACACAAGUCGAAGUGAAAAAACGAAGACAUCAUUUAAGAAGACACAAUGACUGUUUUGUUGGUUCAGAAGCUGUCGAUGUCAUUUUUUCUCACCUAAUUCAGAACAAAUAUUUUGGUGACAUAGAUAUUCCUCGAGCCAAAGUGGUGAGAGUGUGCCAAGCACUGAUGGACUAUAAAGUAUUUGAAGCAGUUCCAACCAGAGUCUUCGGAAAAGAUAAGAAACCCACCUUUGAAGAUAGUAGUAGCAGCCUUUAUAGAUUCACGACGAUACCCCACCAAGACAGUCAAUUAGGCAAAGAAAACAAGUUGUAUUCACCUUCUCGGUAUGCAGAUACAUUAUGUGAGUCAUCUGAUAUCAAAUCGGCAAGUUUAGAGGACCUGUGGGAAAAUCUGAGUUUACAGCCAGCGAACUCUCCUCGCAUAAAUAUCUCUGCAACCUUGUCUCCCCAAGUUAUUAAUGAAGUAUGGCAAGAAGAAACAAUUGGGCGUUUACUUCAACUUAUAGAUCUUCCACUUCUUGACUCCUUACUCAAACAGCAAGUGACUGUAUCCAAAAUUCCUCUACCUAAGAGGCAGCCUGACUUGGUCAACAGUAAUUAUUUGGAUCGAGGGAUUCUCAAGGCUUACGGUGACUCUCAGGAAGAUGAGUGGCUCUCUGCAGCAAUUGACUGCUUGGAAUACCUUCCAGACCAGGUGGUGGUGGACAUAAGCAGAAAUUUUCCUGAGCAACCAGAUAGAAUAGACCUAGUGAAAGAACUUCUGUUUGAUGCCAUUGGCAAAUAUUACAGCAGCAGGGAACCUCUAUUAAAUCACUUAUCUGAUGUGCAUAAUGGAAUUGCAGAACUCUUAGUGAAUGGGAAGACUGAAAUAGCACUAGAAGCAACUCAGCUCUUUCUGAAGCUUUUGGAUUCCCAAAAUAGAGAAGAAUUUAGAAGACUACUAUAUUUCAUGGCUGUUGCAGCGCAUCCUUCAGAAUUUAAGUUGCAGAAAGAAAGUGACAACCGAAUGGUUGUGAAAAGAAUAUUCUCAAAAGCGAUUGUGGACAAUAAAAAUUUAUCCAAAGGCAAAACUGAUCUGCUGGUACUCUUUUUAAUGGAUCAUCAAAAAGAUGUUUUUAAGAUUCCUGGGACUCUACAUAAAAUUGUCAGUGUUAAACUGAUGGCCAUUCAGAAGGGAAGAGAGCCGAAUAGAGACACAGGAUAUAUUUAUUGCCAGAGAAUUGAUCAAGGGGACUAUUCUGACCAUACACAGAAGACAACCAAAGAUGAACUGUUGAAUUUACUAAAAACUAUUGAUGAGAACUCAAAACUGUCUGCCAAAGAGAAGAAAAAAAUGCUGAGGCAGUUCUAUAAGUGUCACCCGGACAUCUUUAUUGAAUACUUUGGAAACUGAUUACUAAUGUUUGUAUAUAAUUUGUAUGUUUAAAAAUUAUGUGUCCUAAAGAUCCAAUCAUAUUUGUAAGUUUGGGGGUUCUUCUAAAUGUGAAACUUUGCAAUA